AUGGCGCAGUCCGCUAAGCGAACCGACACAUAUUCACUACAGUGCGGGAUUGUUGCGUCUUGCCGACUCACUGCCCAGCACCAUUUGAUUACGCAGCGAAUUGGUGGUCUAAUCUACCCUGCUAUUUCCAAUGAGAUUAGAUCCAGGAAGGACCUAGCCAUCGCCGACGUCGGUUGUGGUAAUGGAAUAUGGGCCAUCGAGGCAGCAGAGGAAUACCCAUUGGCAGAAGUAAUCGGUAUCGACAUAUCCGACGCGCAGUUUCCGUGGACGUGCCCCGAGAAUUGCUGCUUUCACGUACUGGAUAUGAUGCGGCCAGUGGACCAGGAUUAUAAGGGUUGCUUCGAUUUGAUCAAUGUUCGGCUGCUUGCAGGCUCUUUCGAAGGGAAGGAAUUCACUCCCAUCAUCGACAACCUGCACCAAAUGCUAAAGCCAAAUGGCUGGAUCCAGUGGCUCGACAUCUCAUCACCAGCAAUUCGUGCUUACGACUACACAGAGCCAAGUAUCAUAUCCGAAUGGCGACUGCCAUCACCAAUCACGACUCAGAUUCCACUCUUCAUCAAGUCUGUGGAAUGGUUCGACAAACUACCAGCCCUGCUGAAGCAACGAGGGUUCAUAGAUAUUGAGAGAUACGAGUGUCCUCCUAAAGAAAGCACUCUAAAACAUGAAGCGGAGAUCACUGUAUUGGUUUUGAUGGAACUGGGUCAAUCACUCUUUGACGUUGAACCUGCUGCCGCUGAGAAGUUCAACGAUGCUAUUGCCGAAAUGCUAGAGGGGAUUCAGGACGGGAGGUUGUUUACGACGGUGUUACAAACCACUAUCGGUAAAAAAUUACAUCGAGCUCUCAGAAAGCGAAAGCCCAGAGCAAAUAUGGUGUUGGAAUGGCUGAAGAAAGAGCGGGAGGGUGGAUCACGAUCAAACAUUUGA